UAGACGCCAAUUGUCUCAUCAUUAUCACCAAUCAGUGUAUUUCAUACAUGUGAACACCAUUUACAGUUUUUUUAAGUAAUUAGUCACUGAUCUGAUCCCAUGGAGACACGCGCUUAUCAUCAAUGAUCGGCUCGUGGUUUGAAUGUUCGGAUUCUUCAGGAAUGCUUUGAACGCCAUCAACAAGAACAUGUCGAAAGUGAGCGAUGAAUCCAUGGAUGUGUCCGUCGAUGACGGCGUCGAGAAUCACAGUCCAGACAAAGACGUGUCGGACGCGGAUGACGACGACCGAAUCGCCGCCAAUGGUGGCAACAGUCGGAUCACCCGGAACUCGUUGCGCAAGAAUGGCGCCAAUGGUUCCGCCGACGAUCACGUCUGCGACAAAGGGGUCGCCAAACAGCCAAAGCCUAACCGGAAGCGCAAGAGCUCGGCAAUGGGUGGCCCGCCCUCUCAGCCGGCGUCGAGUCGCGAGUCGCCGGUGUUGAGCACCACCUCCGCAUCGGUCGGCAGACCCAAGUCGUCCACAACUGGUCCCAAGAAGCAGUCGUCGCGACUGCAGUACAAGUUCUCGUAUUGGCUUCGGGAGGACCACCGGUCGCCCAUAUUUGGCGUCCAAUUCAACCAACACCUGCCCGACGGCCACAACUACUUCGCCACAGUCGGCAACAAUCGGGUCUCCAUUUACGAGUGUCUCAGCGACGGUACCAUACGUUUGGCGCAGUGUUACGCCGACACCGACGCGGAUGAGAGCUUCUACACGUGCGCCUGGAGUUACGAUGACGUGACGGGACUACCGUUGCUGGCGGCGGCCGGCAGUCGCGGUAUUAUCCGGAUUAUCAGUAACUCCUCCCAGCAGUGUAUUAAGCACUACAUCGGACACGGCAAUGCCAUCAAUGAUCUCAAGAUUAGUCCAUUGGAUCCCAACCUCCUGUUGUCGGUCAGCAAAGACCAUACCCUCCGGCUGUGGAAUAUAAAGACGGAUCAAUGCGUAGCCAUAUUCGGCGGCGUCGAGGGGCACAGGGAUGAGGUGCUGUCCGCGGACUUCCACCUGCGCGGCCAUAAGAUAAUCAGCUGCGGUAUGGAUCACUCGCUGAAGAUCUGGUCGCUGGACAAACGGGACAUUCAGGACGCCAUACACGAGUCGUACAGCUAUAACGGCGCCAAAACCAACGUACCGUUCGGUACAGUGCGGGACAACUUCCCGCUGUUCACCACCCGGGAUAUACACCGCAAUUACGUGGACUGUGUCCGAUGGUUCGGCAACUUCGUGCUGUCCAAGUCCUGCGAGAACGCCAUUGUCUGCUGGAAACCUGGCAAACUGGAGGACGAGUCCGACAUACAGAUCCCGAAGUCCUACUCCAGCGACUCGUCCAGCACUUUGAUCCACAAGUUUGAGUAUAAAGACUGCGAUAUUUGGUUUAUGCGGUUCUCGAUGGACGCGCAGCAGAAGAUCCUGGCGCUCGGCAAUCAGUCCGGACGGGUGAACGUGUGGGACGUGGAUGUCGACGAUCCCACGAUUCCCAGG